GAUGUCACAGGUCACCUGACCUCUCUGUCCUCAGACGAAGGAGUUCAUCCACUCAGACCUUCUGGCUCAACUCUACUCCUGUGGAGACCAGAACACCCUGAUGGAGGAGUCCCAGGAACAGGCCCAGCACCGUGAUGAGAUGCUGAAGAUGUACCACGCUCUGCGUGAAGGUCUCCACAUCAUCGGUGACAUCAGCACGUCCACCAUCACCACGACGAUGCCUCCUCCGGUAGACGACUCGUGGCUUCAGGUCACCGGGAUGCCGUCAGGACGCAGGUCCCCCAUGUCCAGCCCGACCCCCCAGCGUCGGGCCCCUCCUGGUCCUCCUCGUGGUCGAGCGGCCCCCGGUCCUCCUUCUCGUCCCGCAGUGUCUCCUGAUCCAGGACCCCCCUCCAUCCCCUCCAGACCCAACAGAGCGGCCCCCCCAGGAGUCCCCAGAAUCUCUAUCAGUGACCAGUGAGGAGUUCACCAAUGUCGUACCAGUAAAGGAAGCCCCGCCCACGGAGAGAGUCCCCAGUCUUCUAUUGAGGGUUAAACCUGAACCCAGUGUGUGUUUGUGUCUCUACUGGUGCUGUGUUACUGUGAACUUUACUAGUAAUAAUGAUAUUGAUUAUCUGCACAUUAUGACUGUAAAAUUAUCAGCAAUAUUCAGUGUAUUGAUAUGUGGUCCAGCUGUCUGUCUGCUGUCAAGAGAGUGAGACAGGUCAGCCGCCUGUCUGUCAUCACAUCAACACAAGGUGAAUUAGAGCUCUCACUCCUCUCUGGAUGUUCACAGCUAGCUAGGUUCCAGCUGGAUGUGACUGGUUCUAGUUGGUUCCAACUGGAUCUAACUGGUUCCAACUGGUUUUAACUGGUUCCAGCUGGAUGUGACUGGUUAUAGUUGGUUCCAACUGGAUCUAACUGUUUUUUAAACUCAUUGACCCAGUUAGCAGCAGAAGCUCAACAACAACAACAACCAUCUAAUAAUCACCAGUCAAAAACUUCACAUUUUAUUUAUUGGUCUUUUUUCCACCAUUCAAGAUUACUCUUUUGGUGAGUUCGAUAUUGUUUUGAUUUCAUUAAUUGAUGACAUAAUUUUAACGUUAACCAGCUGAAUCCUGUUCGUUUAUAAAUCACAGAAUUGUUUCCAGGAAACUCGCAAGGAAAUAAUCAGAAAUAAAGGUUUUUAAAGUCAAUUGAAAUAAAACAACAAUGUGAAUAUUAAUGUAUCCAAUAGUUGGUUAUAUUCCUCUCAUGUGUUUAUUUGAGUUUAUUAAAUGUUAAUUUAUCAAAGUUUUACUUAAGAACGAAUCCAGGAGAUGAAAUAUUGACAUGUUUAUUGUUCAUCAUCAGACUGUAAGAAUUUGAAGUGUAAGAAUCUGAAGCGUAAGAAUUUCAAGUGUAAGAAUCUGAAGUGUAAGAAUCUGAAGUGUAAGAAUCUGAAGUGUAAGAAUUUGAAGUGUAAGAAUCUGAAGUGUAAGAAUCUGAAGUGUAAGAAUCUGAAGUGUAACUGCUGAUCUAUUUAUUCUGUUUGUGUUUGUUGUUCAUGUGGUGUUGGUUCUGUUGAGUCCAGUUCUGAGCUGCGUUCAACACAGCACAUGUUUCACUAUGUUAGCAGAGCGUUAGCUGAACGUUAGUAGAGCGUUAGCUAAACAAUAGCAGAGCGUUAGUCGAACGAUAGCAGAACGUUAGCUGAACGUUAGCAGAACGUUAGGCGAACGUUCGCAGAGCGUUAGCUGAACAAUAGCAGAGCGUUAGCUGAACGAUAGCAGAGCGUUAGCUGAACGAUAGCAGAGCGUUAGUCGAACGAUAUCAGAACGUUAGCACAGCGUUAGGUGAACAUUAGCAGAGCGUUAGCUGAAUGUUAGCUGAACAAUAGCAGAGCGUUAGCUGAACAAUAGCAGAGCGUUAGCUGAACAUUAGCAGAGCGUUAGCUGAACAAUAGCAGAGUGUUAGCUGAACAUUAGCAGAGCGUUAGCUGAACAAUAGCAGAGCGUUAGCUGAACAAUAGCAGAGCGUUAGCUGAACGUCAGCAGAGCGGUAGCAGAGCGUGUUGGUGUCCUUGUUCACAUUAAUGUCAGCAUGCUAGUUAAAGAUUUAGAUUAUCAAAUGUUUUUUUAACAUUAUUCAACGUGUUGCUGCUCCUUACUGUGAUCGUAAAUCUUCUCUGUUUAAUAUUAAUAUAAAUGUUUACAGAAUAUAUAAAGAUAAUAAUGUACCAUAUAUAUGUAAGGAGCAUAUAUAUCGAUCUGUUCACCUGAGACAUGCAGCAGCUUCUAGUGUGUGUGUAGUUGUGUAUCUUGGUGUCAUGUGAUUAACAGAGACGUGUCGACACAAAUAAAGUUUGUUUGAAUGAA